UACAGUGAUAGCUUUAGCAAUAUUUCUAUUUGGAUUAUAAACUAUCGGAGAUAUAGUUCUUCCACUAAAAUUUAGAUUUCUGCUAGUUUAAAACAAACCUUCACAUAUUUUUAAAUGCAGGAGGCAUCAACAUUGCCUAUGUGCUGUUGUGUACCAGAAAACAAAAAUGGGUGUGGCAGGCAACUCCUAGGUUGCAAAUAACUGUCUAAGCCGACCUACCGACAAGAUCAAUAGCACUCUUAUGUUAACAAGGCCAUUAAGCAAUAAGCACCAUGGGAAAGGGAUGGAGUUCAUAAACAAGUCAAUUUUCAGGAAUUAACACGGGCAAGCUCAUUACAGCCAUGGCAUAAGGCUGCUCUUCUCUUGUCAGCUUCAGCGUAGAGGCUGUCAAAGGGAUGAUCAUGCUGUCUGUUCUGACAAGAUAAAUUAUAUUUGGAUGAGUACAUUUUCAUCUGGUGGCAGGACAUGAAACCUGGAUGACAUGAAACCCUGAAGACUCCAGUGUAAAAAAGAAACCCGAGUUUCACGUUGUCAGUGCUCCAGCAGGAUGGCAGAGGUGUUGGUUGCAGCCAGUGCCAUGCACUUGCUGUCUCACUAAGGUGCCUCAGCCAAAUAGCCCAGGAGCCCUUGGGAGCUGCAAGCCACUGCCUGGGCCUUUCCUUCCGCAGCUGUGGGGACCAGGAGCUGGAGAGGCACAGCUGGGCACCACAGAGUGGGACUUGCUGGGCAGUAUUGCAUUUUGACUUUUCAGCUUUUGACACCAUUUAAUGAUACCCAUUUUGCGUAGAGCUCAAUCUGAAUUAUAAAGUAACACGGUGUUAUGGAACUGCAUGGAAGAGUGGCUGUGUAACAGAGUCGAGGGGACAUGGGAUGAAGGGAAUCCUGUGGGUAUGAGUCCUGCCUGUGAGGGGGUGCGUGGCCCUAACACUUGUCUUCCAAAAUGUUCUGGCAUGCUAGACUAAGGAAUGCACUGCAAUGCAACUGUAAAAUGCAUUUAGAAGGGGAGACACAGGUAUUCCUCAUCCAAGAGGAACAGAGUUGAACAAAGAUGAUCAGGGGACUGGAGUAUCUCUCUUAUGAGGACAGGCUGCUGGCACUGGCCCUGUUCAGUCUCAGGAAGAGAUGACUGAGAAGGCACCUCAUCCCUGUUUGUCAGUGUCUGCAGGGAGGGGCCAGAGCAGGGACCGGGCUCUGCUCGGUGGUGCCGAGCAUUAGGACAAGAGGCAAUGGGCAGGAGAAACUGAUGCAAAAGAAAUUCCACCUGAACGUGAGGAAGAACUUUGCAGCACAGGUGACCAGAACAGAUUACCCAGAGAGUCUGUGGAGUCUAAUUUCACAGACACUGAAGAACUGUCUGAAGACAAUCCCGUGCCAUAUGCUCUGGAUGAUCCUGCUUAAGCAGGGAGGCUGGAACAGAUGACCCGCUGUAGUCCCCUCCAGCCUGACCCGGUCUGCCGCUCUGAAUCCGUCACACUGCACAAAUGGACUACAACUCCCAGCAUGCCCCGGGCCACCGGGCCACGCCCCCGCCGCGCGCGCGCCCUGUCGCGUGAAGGGUGAGCGCGGGGCAGGCCGGGAAUGCGAGUCGGGAUUGGCCGGCGCGCGCCCCGCUUUCCAGCGUGCCGGGCAGCAGGAAGCGGCGGCGGUGGAGCGGGAAGCGGCGCGGCGAGGAGCUGCUCCCGACCAGGCCUUUUGCCAUGGAAGCUGAGGAAAUGAUGGAAUGUAUCCAGGAAUUCCCUGAACACUAUAAAGUUAUUUUGGAUAGACUGAAUGAACAACGUGAGCAGGACCAGUUUACAGAUAUCACUCUGAUCGUCGAUGGUCACCAUUUCAAAGCUCAUAAGGCAGUUCUUGCUGCCUGUAGCCAGUUCUUCCACAAAUUCUUCCAAGAUUUCACUCAGGAGCCUUUGGUGGAGAUUGAAGGUGUAAGUAACAUGGCAUUUCGUCACCUAAUUGAGUUCACCUAUACAGCAAAGCUAAUGGUGCAAGGUGAGGAAGAAGCAAAUGAUGUUUGGAAAGCUGCAGAGUAUCUACAGAUGCUAGAAGCAAUCAAAGCACUUGAAAUCAGGAACAAAGAAAAUUCAUCACCCUUAGAAUCAAAUGAAGCACAAGGUAAAAAUAAACCAAAAAAGAGGAAGAUUGCUGAAACCUCUAAUGUUAUCACAGAAACACUACCAUCUGCAGAAUCAGAGCCUGUUGAAAUUGAGGUUGAGAUUGCUGAAGGGACGAUGAAAGUGGAGGAUGACAGCAUUGAAACCCUUGAAGAAGUAGCUUCUGCAGAGCAAUCCAUAAAGUAUAUACAGACAACAGGUACAUCAGAUGAAUCUGCUUUGGCUCUUUUGGCAGAUAUCACCAGCAAGUAUCGUCAGGGAGAGAGAAAAUGCCAGAUGCAAGAAGAAGGUGAUAGUGCAACUGACCCCUCGUGCAAACAGGUAGAAGGUAUUGAAAUUGUGGAACUUCAGCUGUCACACAUGAACAAUUUAUUCCACUGUGAGAAAUGUAACCGUUCAUUUAAAUUGUUUUACCAUUUUAAGGAACACAUGAAAACACACUCUACUGAGAAUUACAAAUGUGACAUAUGCAAUAAAAGAUACCUACGAGAGAGUGCUUUGAAACAGCACCUCACCUGUUACCACCUUGAUGAAGGUGGUGCCAGCAAGAAGCAAAGACCUGGCAAGAAAAUACAUGUAUGCCAGUACUGUGACAAACAGUUUGACCACUUUGGGCAUUUUAAAGAGCACCUUCGGAAGCACACAGGUGAAAAACCCUUUGAAUGUCCAAACUGCCAUGAACGUUUCGCUCGGAAUAGCACACUGAAAUGUCACCUGACAGCCUGUCAGUCUGGAGCUGGUGCUAAAAAGGGAAGAAAGAAACUGUAUGAAUGUCAGGUUUGUAACAGCGUGUUUAACAGCUGGGAUCAGUUCAAAGACCACUUGGUAAUACACACUGGUGACAAGCCCAACCACUGUACCUUAUGUGAUUUGUGGUUUAUGCAAGGCAGUGAGCUGAGAAGGCAUCUUAAAGAAAUGCACAAUAUUUCAGAACUAUUAGUGACAGAAGAGGUUCUUCCAGUGGAAGCUAUGGAAGGUGAGCCAGUAACAUCAAUGACAAUAAUAGAACAAGUUGAGCAAGUCCAUGUCCUACCAGUAAUUCAGGUACAAGUGGAUCCUGCACAGGUAACUGUGGAACAGAUGCACCAGGAUCUCAUACAGGACAAUCAAGUGAAAGGCGCACAGAUGGAGGAACUACAGGAACAGGUGCAGAUCAGUUACUUGGAAGUUGAACACAUUCAGACUGAGCAAGGUGCUGAAGUGCACGUGGAGCAGUUACAUGUGGAGCACGUAAAUCAAAUACAGAUGGAAGAAGUACAGGCAGAACUUACCGAUGGAACAGACCUUGAACAAGUAGAAUAUCGCAGUGUUGAUCAAGGAGAAGCAGAAGAAAAGGAUCUUAAUCAAGCAGAUGAUGCAGAUAAGGAACGUCAUGAGCAAGCUGAAGACUUAGAAGCACAACAAUUAGUGGACAUGCAAAACGCAAAAGUGGAUGACUAGGACACAUAAUGACACUGCAGUUUUAAAAAUGAAAUACCAAAUUUUUUUUGUUAACUUUUACAUUGAUUUUUGAACCAUCACUGUUCACCUUUCCAAUAUGCUGUCCAUAGGAAGUUGGACGAGUGGACCAAAAUUAGGUUUCUUCAAGUACAGUUAAAAUUCUCUCAUAUGUGAAAAAUACUUCCCCGUUCAUGUAGUGCCAUGAAAAAGAAACUACCACAGACAGGGACAACUUUGAGAUUUUUAGCAAUGAAUAGCUUGUAUCAUUGUAUCAUUACACCAUUCCUGGGUAUAUGUAAAAGUAAUUUUACCUCUUUUCCGCUUCCAGUAGAAGCAAAGUCUUGUAUAAAUUUGCAGGAUGUCUGUGGCAGGAGAGUCAGUAAAACCUGAGGGCUUUUGCUGUAAGUGGCAAUUACGUACCUGUGAAUUUUUGGAUCUUAACUUUCAGGCUGGGCUAGAAGCACUGUUGCUGGAGGUCUCGGAGCACAAAAGUUCUGUGCCUUUUCAACACUGAGUGGUUAAAUUUCCACAAGGUUUCUAGAGUUCUUGAGAACUUAAUUCUGUAAAAGGCAGUGUAGGUAAUGUUAUAGUGCUUUAUAUUUUUGCUUGAAAAUGCCAGUUACUGAUUUUCUUUUUGCAUUAAAUUUAGAGGUGGGGGGCUGAGGGAGGGAAAAGACUUCACUUGGAGGCAGCGAGACAUGCUAAAUGGGACAUUUAAAAAUAGGAAGAGCUUGGUAAGACUGUGAUAAACAUGAUUUGGAAGAAAGCUAUGAGCAGGCUCUUCUUUUAUAAAUAAUCAUUUUUGAAAAUGAAUAUGUUUAAACAUAAACAAAGAGACUUGUCUAUAUGGUAUCACGUUCUUGGUGGUUUUUUUUGAAAUGAAAUUCUGACACUUGACAAAAAGAUGUGCUAAACAUAACAGUAAAAGCCAUAGGUAUGAGUGCUAAACUCUGGAUUGAAAACUAGAAGUGUAAACAGUUUAAUAAAUAUUAGAAAAUAAAACAAGA